AUGGCCCAAGAUGUGUUCGAACAUUUGAUUGUUUGUUCUCCUCUGCUUGAGAGAUUGACUCUGAGGGACUGUGAUGGUGUCAGCCAACUCAAGAUUGAUGCACCGAAUCUCCAAUUUCUUGAUGUUGUAGGUUCUUUUGGGGAUGUGAGUAUUGUGAAUAUGUUAAAUGUUGUUGAUGUUUCCAUUUGUUUCAACGAAAGUGGGAUUCCUUGCAGUUCUGGCAGCUUGAUCAAGUUUUUUGAUGACUUGCCUCGUCUUCAGAGGCUCCAAAUUAACUGGCACUUUUUGAAGUAUUUGGCUGGUGAUGCCUUGCUAAAAAAGCUGCCUAAACCAUGUCUACAUCUGAAAUUUCUUUGCUUUAAUGAUCUGGAAGAUAUUUCAACUGCUCUUUGCCUUAUAAGAAGCUCCCCUGCUCUAGAAAAGUUAGAAAUUUCUGCUAUUGAUUCCCCGUAUUAUCGACCUGAUGUGGGAACAGUGAACUCUUGUUUGGAUGACAAUCACAGUUGCUCAUUCAUCCAACUGCGAAAUGUGAAAAUAACUGGGAUCUCUGGUGUUGAAGCUGACCUAAAUUUUAUCAGAUUUCUGCUUUUAAGUUCACCUGUGCUUGAGACGAUGACUGUCUGCGCUAAGCAUGAGCAGCUUGAUUUGGGUAUUGAACCUUUGGAUCUAGUAAAACAGUUGCUUCGUUUGAGGCGUGCAUCACCGAGUUUGGAGAUAAUCUAUUUAGACAAGUAA